GCGAGCCUUGUGGCCGCCGGAACAGCUCCCUCGGCGGAGCAGGAGCCGGAUGGUCAGAGGAGCCCGGCAAUCCCAGCAGCCGCGGAGUCGCCUGGCCCCCAGACUGACUGGCACAGUGGAGAAACCACCCCGAAAACGGAAAAGCAGGUUAUAAUGAUACAUCUAAAGGUGUUUGGAGUGGUGGAAAUUAUAUGGAAGAGGAUUGAAAAUCACUGCCAACAGAUGCAGGACUGAAUUUACUCUUAAAGAAACCAUGUCCUCUGGAGGUGCUGAAGAUGACAUCCCACAAGGAGAGAGGAAGACAGUUACAGAUUUCUGUUACCUUUUGGAUAAAUCCAAGCAGCUGUUUAAUGGGUUAAGAGAUUUACCACAAUAUGGACAGAAGCAGUGGCAGUCGUACUUUGGAAGAACUUUUGAUGUUUACACCAAACUCUGGAAAUUCCAGCAGCAGCAUCGACAAGUCUUGGAUAAUCGGUAUGGCUUGAAGCGGUGGCAAAUAGGGGAAAUUGCUUCCAAGAUUGGGCAGCUGUAUUACCACUAUUAUUUACGAACAUCUGAGACCAGCUAUCUGAAUGAGGCUUUCUCGUUCUACUCAGCAAUCAGACAGAGAUCAUACUACUCUCAAGUUAAUAAAGAAGACAGGCCUGAGUUGGUUGUUAAGAAACUCCGAUACUAUGCAAGAUUUAUAGUAGUUUGUCUUCUUCUUAACAAAAUGGAUGUUGUGAAAGACCUGGUAAAGGAAUUGUCUGAUGAAAUUGAAGAUUAUACUCAUCGCUUUAAUACUGAAGAUCAAGUAGAGUGGAAUCUAGUGCUUCAAGAGGUGGCAGCAUUUAUUGAGGCAGACCCUGUGAUGGUGUUAAAUGAUGAUAACACAAUUGUUAUCACAUCCAAUCGCCUCACUGAAACAGGAGCCCCCUUGCUGGAGCAAGGCAUGAUUGUGGGACAGUUGUCUCUGGCUGAUGCACUCAUUAUUGGUAAUUGUAAUAAUCAGGUUAAAUUCAGUGAACUGACUGUUGACAUGUUCCGGAUGUUGCAAGCCUUGGAAAGGGAGCCAAUGAAUUUAGCUUCCCAGAUGAAUAAACCAGGAAUACAGGAGUCAGCUGACAAGCCCACCAAACGAGAAAACCCCCACAAGUAUCUGCUGUACAAACCAACCUUCAGCCAGCUGUAUACUUUCUUAGCAGCAUCUUUUAAGGAGCUGCCUGCCAAUAGUGUGCUUCUGAUUUACCUGUCAGCCACUGGUGUUUUCCCCACAGGUCGUUCUGAUGGUGAAGGUCCUUAUGACUUUGGAGGUGUUCUUACUAAUAGUAACCGGGACAUUAUAAAUGGAGAUGCAGUUCACAAACGAAAUCAGUCCCACAAGGAAAUGCACUGCCUUCAUCCUGGAGACCUCUAUCCAUUCACAAGGAAACCCCUGUUUAUCAUUGUGGACUCUUCCAACAGUAUUGCCUAUAAGAAUUUCACAAACUUGUUUGGACAACCACUCGUCUGCUUGCUUUCUCCCACCACAUACCCAAAAGCUUUGCAAGAUCAGUCUCAGCGAGGUAGCCUCUUCACCCUCUUUUUGAACAAUCCUCUAAUGGCCUUCCUAUUUGUGUCUGGAUUAUCAAGCAUGCGUAGAGGCCUGUGGGAAAAGUGUCAAGAAUAUCUUCGAAAAAUCAACCGUGAUAUUGCCCAGCUACUGACCCAUUCACGUUCAAUAGAUCAGGCCUUUCUCCAGUUUUUUGGAGAUGAAUUUCUUCGAUUGCUUCUCACAAGGUUUGUCUUCUGUUCAGUCACCAUGAGGAUGCACAAGGCCUUCCGGGAAACUCGAAAUUACCCAGAAUCCUAUCCACAACUGCCAAGGGAUGAAACUGUGGAGAAUCCUCACCUUCAGAAGAAUAUUUUAGAAUUGGCCUCCAUUCUGGAUGUUCGAAACAUCUUCUUUGAGAAUUCUAUGGACGACUAUUAAAACCCUCUUGUUUAACAGUUUUCAUCUUCUACAGAUUUUAAACGGUGCAGUUUUUAUGUGGUGACAGAGACAGUUACUCGGUUUUUGUGAAUUUAGGAACCACCAUUUUAAAAGAAAACUGGAAAAACAUUCAAACUUUUGGGGUAACUUUUAAAAUAUAAUCUUUUAAGUCUUUUAAAGUCUCAA